AUGACCCAGCCAGUGUCCCGAAUCUCUGUGCCCGCCGCUCUGGCCCUGGGCUCGGCCGCAUUGGGCGCUGCCUUCGCCAGCGGCCUCUUCCUGGGGAGAUGGUUCCCUCCUUGGCGAUCCCGGCGAGAGAAGAGCCUGCUGCCCCCUGAGGACAGCCCCCUGUGGCAGUAUCUGCUGAGCCGUUCCAUGCGGGAGCACCCGGCGCUGCGGAGCCUGCGGCUGCUGACCCUGGAGCAGCCGCAGGGGGAUUCCAUGAUGACCCGUGAGCAGGCCCAGCUCUUGGCCAACCUGGCUCGCCUCAUCAAGGCUAAGAAGGCACUGGACCUGGGCACUUUCACAGGCUACUCAGCCCUAGCGUUGGCCUUGGCCCUUCCCCCGGCCGGGUGCGUGGUGACCUGCGAGGUGGACGCAGGGCCCCCCGAGCUGGGGCGUCCCCUGUGGAGGCAGGCUGAAGAGGAGCACAAAAUCGACCUUCGGUUGAAGCCCGCCCUGGAGACCCUGGACGAGCUCCUGGCCGCGGGCGAGGCCGGCACCUUCGACGUCGCCGUGGUGGACGCCGAUAAGGAAAACUACACCGCCUACUAUGAGCGGUGUCUGCAGCUGCUGCGACCCGGAGGUGUCCUCGCUGUGCUCAGUGUCCUGUGUCAGGGAGAGGUGUUGCAGCCUAAACCACAGGACAAGGCGGCCCAGCGUGUUCGAAACCUGAACGAGCGCAUUCUGCGGGAUGCCAGGGUCCACAUCAGCCUCCUGCCCCUGGGCGACGGCCUCACCUUGGCCUUCAAGAUCUAG